AAAGAAAGGAUCAAAAGAAGAAAAAAUCCGUGCAAGUAGAAAUGUCUACGUAUCAUCAACUAAUCCCAUACUUUUGCUCCUUCAAUUUCUUCUUCUUCUCUCUCUCUCCUGCAUAAUCUGAAAACCUCUUUCAGAGAUACAGAAAAUAUAGUCCAAAAAUUAGAGCAAACAGACAAAAUAAAACACAGAGUAAAAGAAAUAAGUAGGUGGAAAAGGGGUUAGCAAUUUGUAGCUAUCUAUUGUAAUGGAGAGGCUUAUCUAUACCAAUUCACUUCCCUCUAAACUCCACCUAAAACCCUUUCCUCGUCUCCCUCAACUCCAAUUCUCCUCUACAAGAUUCCCCUCACUUCCACGUGUCGAGUCUCGGAGACCCAAUUCGGUUUCUUGCAAGUGCCUUGACCCGUUUUCAUCUUCCGGGUCGACCCAUUCAUCCAGAUUUGGUGAUGGGCAUUUGGGUAAUUCGUCGACAUCUAAGGAUUUGCCUGAUGGGUCGGGUUCUAAGCCCCAUUUGCUCAAGUGGGUUGCUCAAACUCUAUCUCACCAACGCAAGGUAGUUUCUGCAAGUACAAUAGUCCUACUCUCAGCCAUUCUUGUUAUGCUCCUCCAUCCAGUCAUUGUUUCACCCGCUUUUGCUAGUUUUCCAACUGCAGCUAAGACUGGGGCUCCACUAGUACGUAAUGAACUACUAACAAGCGCAUGGGCUGGUUUUUUUGCUGGUUGCCUUCACACCCUAUCAGGUCCUGACCAUCUCGCUGCUUUGGCUCCUCUCUCUAUAGGCCGUACACGUAUGGAAAGUGCAGCAGUAGGGGCCCUCUGGGGCUGUGGCCAUGAUGCUGGACAAUUAAUCUUCGGCCUAUUAUUUCUUCUCUUAAAGGACCGUCUCCACAUUGAAGUUAUUCGUACAUGGGGGACCAGAGUAGUCGGCUUCACUCUCCUUGUCAUUGGAGCAAUGGGAAUUAAAGAAGCAUCUGAAGUUCCUACACCAUGUGUGGCCCUUGAAAAUGGUGUUGAAGGCAUUGACACCCCCGUUAUUGGGAAGAAGAAAAAGAUAGGGUUAGCAACUUUUGCCACAGGAAUUGUCCACGGUCUUCAACCAGAUGCACUGAUGAUGAUUUUACCCGCACUUGCUUUGCCUUCUCGUGUUGCUGGUGCUGCCUUUUUGGGCAUGUUCUUGGUUGGUACAGUUAUAGCAAUGGGAAGCUAUACUGUCUUUAUAGGCUCGUGUAGUCAGGCAUUGAAGGAUCGGGUUCCUAGAAUAACAGAGAAGCUAACUUGGGCUUCUUCCCUAAUAGCAAUUGGCUUAGGACUUGCUAUUAUCAUCAGUCAAUUUUUUGGUUUUAGCCUAUAUUAGGUCUAAUCCGGCGAUAAAAUUAGUUUACGUUCAGUGUUAGGGGAUGUCGUUUUGAUGAGGAAUUAUGUUUCAAUUGAAGAGAAAUCUUGUAGUAUUUACUUCUAGCGGGGUGGAUGGUAACAUUUGAGUUAUAUAUAUUAUAAAAAUUUGAAGAUUAUCUGCAACUCGUGUGUGUAAAGAUAGGAAUUCACUUGCAUUUGCUUAAGAAAUUAACUGUUUUGUUUA